AUGGGGUGGUGGCUAAACGGAGUUGUUUGGAUGAUGAUGUCGACGACCAUCAUUUCUCUUGCUAAAGCUGGAGAUACCCUUUUUUACAACUGGAGGGUCACUUACGGCGACAUCACUCCAACUAGUAUGCCUAGAAGGGGAAUCCUAAUAAACGGACUAUUUCCUGGACCAGAGAUUCGCUCACUCACCAAUGACAAUUUGGCCAUCACUGUUCACAACGAUCUAGACGAGCCCUUUCUCUUAUCUUGGAAUGGAGUGCACAUGAGGAAAAAUUCUUACCAAGAUGGAGUGUUUGGGACGACUUGUCCUAUCCCACCGGGCAAGAGUUACACUUAUAACUUUCAAGUCAAAGAUCAGAUUGGUAGUUACUUCUACUUCCCUUCCCUCGCCGUCCAAAAAGCGGUCGGUGGUUAUGGCAGCCUCCGUAUCUACAGCCCCCCUAACAUCCCGGUUCCUUUCCCUGAACCCGCAGGAGAAUUCACCCUCCUCAUAGGUGAUUGGUAUCGACGUGACCAUAAGACUUUGAAGGCAAUUUUGGAUAAAGGAGGCAAGUUACCGACGGUGCCUGAUGGAGUCUUGAUCAAUGGCCAGGGAUUAAGUUAUGUUUCUUCUCUCACCGUCGACAGAGGUAAAACGUACAGAUUCAGAAUCUCGAAUGUAGGGCUUCAAACGUCCCUGAAUUUUGAAAUAUUAGGUCAUCAGCUUAAGCUCAUUGAGGUCGAAGGAACCCACACAGUCCAAUCGAUGUACACCUCACUCGACAUUCAUGUUGGUCAAACUUACUCUGUAUUGGUCACCAUGGACAAACCUCCUCACAACUAUUCCAUUGUGGCCUCAACAAGAUUUAUCCACGUACAACAUACGACCGGAUACAAUCUCCACUACUCCAACUCCAAAGGCCUUAAAGUUGUCCCUGCCCGACGACCUGAACCAGAUGAUGUAGAAUGGUCUAUCAAACAAGCUCAAUCCAUUAGGACCAACCUAACUGCCUCGGGACCAAGGACCAACCCUCAAGGCGAUAACCAUUAUGGUAAAAUGAAAAUUUCAAGGACUUUGAUAUUGGAAAGUUCAGCGGCCCUUGUGAAUAGAAAGCAACGUUACGCCAUAAACGGCGUAUCGUUUGUGGCUUCGGAUACUCCGUUGAAGUUGGCGGAUUAUUUUAAGAUAAAAGAUGUUUUUAAAGUUGGAAGCAUCACUGACAAGCCGAGAAGAGGAGGACGGAUGAGGCUAGACACGGCAGUGAUACAAUACCUUUCUUGA